AUGUUAUUUCAACGAAUUCUGUUGACAAAAUAUAAUCCUUCAACAUAUUUUAAAUUUAUUCGUCUUGUAGCAACAUCAUCAGUACAAAUUGAAUUAAAAGAUGGACUUGCAAAUAUAACAGUACCAUUACCAAGUAGAGGAGAAUCAUGUGUUUUUCAAUUAAAACCAUUUAAUACAACAGUUGGAGAUUUUAUUGAUAUAUUACAAAAAGAAGAUCGAGGUAUUGAUCGAGCAUCUAUAUAUCUUUCGGAUGGAUCUCGUCUUUCACGAAAUUCACCUUUUGAUUUAAUAUUUGAAGAACCAUUUACAUUACGUAUUAAUGAAAUAUCAUAUAAUGUUCAACCACCAACAUUAUUUACUGCAAAUAAAUCAGCUCGAGAUAUGCUUUCUGAUGUAUCAAAUUCAGUUACAAAACUUUAUCAUGAUUUACAUCUUAAUCAAUAUAUUAUGUAUCGUGAACAUGAAUUAGAAAAACAAUUAGCUUUUUUACGUGAUUCUGUUCAACCACUUAAUGAAAUUCAUCAUCAACUUGCUAAUAAAGCUAUUCGACGUUUAAAAUGGAUACAAUGGUCGAUUUUUGCUGCAAUGUCAUUUCAAACUGGUAUUUUAUUUCGUUUAGUAUGGAUUGAUUACAGUUGGGAUAUAAUGGAACCUUUUACAUAUUUUAUAUCGUAUUCAGCUGUAUUUUUAGGUUAUUGUUAUUAUAUACUUCGUCGAAAUGAUAUGAAAUAUAUGAAUAUGUCUGAUUAUUUUUAUUUAAAAAUUUUACAUCGUUUAUUACAAAAGAAAAAUUUUGAUUUAAUACGUUAUAAUGCAUUAAAAGAUGAAAUAAUGAUGAUUGAACAUGAUCUUCAACGACUUAAAGAUCCAUUAGAUCGUAUUAUAGGAACAUCAUAA